GAAAAAUGGAGAGAGAGAAAAAAAGGCGAGAGUGAGGGAAUGCCGGAAGAAAUUUCAUCUUGAUUCUGAGAGAUAGAAUGAAAGAAUAAGAGAGAACGGUGAACAACGAGAGAGUAAAAGGGGCAGGGUCGUUUGAGAACAAGCGUUGGCGUUCAUUUAGCUCAGAAGCAUCGCUAUGCCAUUUUUAAGAAGGGGGGGGGGGGGUAAAAACACAUUUUGAUGGGGCGAAAAUUGUCCAACAUUUUGAAAGAUAAAGACAGUCGUAGACCGACAGAGGGAGACAUAUGUGUCGCCUACUUCUUUCAAUUGCCAAAAUUCAGAUAAGAAUUUUGAGUGUGCACCCAAUCUAUCGUAGUAGGUAUUAUAUACCUCUCUUUAGAAAUUUAGCCAUCUGAUUGGUCGAAAUUGGAGUCGUGAUUUUAGUCUUUCCCGUAUUAUAGCGCAUUUUUGUUUAUACGCUAAGAGAAAGUUAUUUACUAUUUUGUUUCGCAAAACGAACGAUACACCAUGACUGAAAAUUAUCAUUUUGAACCUCAACAAUAAUUAGCAAACGUAAGAUUGAAGUUGGGUAUCAUAUCAUUAUCAACAAACUAAAUUAAAAUGCAUUUACUCUUUAAUUGUGACGUCAUAAUGCGUUUCUUAACACACCCAGAGGGGCAUGCGCACUGGCGCAGCUCACGUCAUAAAAAGACGCAUCAAAGAAAUGAUUGCCCAUAGCAACAUGUGGACGCAGUAUAUUAUGCGCGCACAUGUGUUUUAUUGAUACUUUUUGUUUUCCCGCCCAUUCAUUUAUCAAGGGUAUCCUUUCCAAUAAAACGGGGAUAGAGUCUAAAUGAAAAACUUUUCGUUAAUUUCAAAGAAAAGUUAGAAAUGCAUCAUAUUACUGAGUAUCUUGGACAGUCAGGAACCUCGAUGGCGUCGCUUUUCACUGCGAACCCGUUCGGCUUUCUUAUGAAGAUGGGAGAGAGCGAAGAGCUGGCUUCUAGACAGUCCACAGACUCCGGGAGCAUGGGCAGAAAAACCAUUUCAGAUCUUCAGGUCCGAAUGAUGAUGUGGGAGUUCGAAGCCUACCUGAACGGCGAUCACACGAAUGAUAAGACGUCGAUAAACUCUGCUUGCGAUCUGAGUCUCGGUGACGAAGGGAUAAAGCCAUCUCAAUUUCAGGCCUUCACCUCUCUCAUGGAUUCAGGGAAGUCGAAUACUUUUUUGAAGGAACAUCUGGGAAAGCGGCUAAAGCUGGAACAGCUUUGCGGGGAGCUCCACUACAAGAGCUCCAGGAAGGUGAUGGCAGAGUUCCGCGACUGCGUCCUCAGGGCCGACCCGCCGUUGAAGUCGGAGAAGAUGACGGAACUGUUCGAGAUCAUCCUGGUGGAGACGCUGGCGGGACAGCGGGAGGCAGAGGCCGUGUGGCGGGCGGAUCCACGCAACAUGAACAAGCUGAGCACCGAGUACAUCGGGAACAGGAUCUCGUGCGUGAUGGGAAGCCUGAGUACACUGUUUAAUCAAACUUCUGGAAAGAUCAUGCCCGUCGUCGAUUAUUUGCUCGGCACCGACGACGAUAGCGACUCCGGAACGGACGCUCACGACCAGGGUGUUCACGCGACGACGACCUUCAGUGGAGCCGAUAGCGACGGAUCACAAAGUUACGACCGCGUUAUCAUACGAGGCGCGCGCGAACUGGAAAGGCGUAGAGCUGGCGAAAGGCACCCACGUUGUAGCGUACGAGUCAAUGACGAAACGCAGAUCAAAGGUGGUCGCGAAACACUAAACAAUGGGUCAUCUAGGAUUCUGCGUUCAAGCAAAACAAAAUUAGAGAGCCACUAUGUUCUCAGUGACAGUGGAUUAGCUCAGGAAGUAGACAGAAAUACCAACAACUGCGCCGAUACUGGAAUCGAAAUGGACAUUUUUGGUGAGGACUUUAUCCAUGACGAAAAAAAGAAUCUUAUCAAGAAAGAAGUGAAGAUCAGAUCUAAACCGGGAAAGAUAGAACGGAGACUCACCGAAGGAGCUCUGUGUAGCGACGAUAUCUAUCUCGAUGUACAGCUGUAA